AGCCCCAAAAAAUAAGGUUGAAAUUGGCAAACGAAGCUCUCUCUUUCUCUCUCUUUCUCUCUCUCACUCUUCACUCGAAAAGCAACAAAACCCCCAAACUAGCAUUUUUUGGAGCAUCCAAACACACAUUAACAGAGAGACAGAGAGAGUGGAUAAUGGCGGUCUCAGUCUCUGUAUUGGCCAUAGUUAUCUCUCUGCACAUGAUCGCCUUCGUUCUCGCCGUUGGGGCCGAAAGACGCCGUAGCGAGGCUAAAGUUGUGCCUGAUCAGUACGACGAGUUGUCGUACUGCGUUUACGGGUCGGACGCAUCGACGGUUUACGGGUUGGCGGCUUUUGGGUUGCUGUUGAUAAGCCAAACGGUGCUGAUUGGUAUCACCAGGUGUCUCUGCUUUGGCAAGGGUUUGGUCAGUGGACGUUAUACCACUUGUGCCGUCUUCUUCUUCAUCGUUUCUUUGACGAGCUUUCUGGGAGCCGAGGCAUGCUUAUUGGCAGGGUCAGCAAGGAAUGCAUACCACACAAAGUACAGAGCAACUUUUAGGAUAGAACAUGUGUCUUGUGCUACCCUUCGCAAAGGUGUGUUUGCUGCCGCAGCUGCUCUUACUUUGUUGUCAAUGGUGGGAUCAAUCCUUUACUACUGGGCCCAUUCUAAAGCUGAUACUGGUGGAUGGGAGAAGCAUCAGAAUGAAGGUGUUGGCAUGACCAGUUCUAACUUUGGACAGCAUCAGCAACACCAACAGCAAACUGGUCAAUUCGAGAAAAUCUAAUUGCGUUCUUAUAUUGAGUAGGUUAGUUUCCACAGUUUUGGUGAUAUCAAAUGGUCUUUUCUAUUUAUGUUAUAAACGUAUAUAUAGGAUGCUGUAUUGUAUUGUUAUGGAAAUGAAAAUACAUUGUGGUA